AGGCAAGCAGCCAUUCCUAGGGACAUUGCAGGACAACCUCAUUGAGAUGGACAUUCUCAGCGCCUCCCGCCAUGAUGGGGCUUACAGUGACGGGCACUUCCUCUUCAAGCCGGGAGGCACCUCCCCACUCUUCUGCACCACUUCACCAGGGUACCCGCUGACGUCCAGCACGGUGUACCCCCCGCCCCGGCCCCUGCGCAGCACCUUUGCCCGGCCAGCCUUCAACCUCCAGAAGCCCUCCAAGUACUGUAACUGGAAGUGCGCGGCCCUGAGCGCCAUCGUCAUCUCAGCCACGCUGGUCAUCCUGCUGGCAUACUUCGUGGCCAUGCACCUGUUUGGCCUAAACUGGCACCUGCAGCCGAUGGAGGGGCAGAUGUAUGAAAUCACGGAGGACACAGCCAGCAGUUGGCCUGUGCCAACGGACGUCUCCCUGUAUCCAUCAGGGGGCACUGGGUUAGAGAUCCCUGACAGGAAAGGCAAAGGAGCCACAGAAGGAAAGCCCAGUAGUUUCUUUCCAGAGGACAGUUUCAUAGACUCUGGAGAAAUCGACGUGGGGAGACGGGCUUCGCAGAAGAUUCCUCCUGGCACUUUCUGGAGAUCUCAGGUGUUCAUAGACCAUCCUGUGCAUCUGAAAUUCAAUGUGUCCCUGGGAAAGGCAGCUCUGGUUGGCAUCUAUGGCAGAAAAGGCCUUCCUCCUUCACAUACACAGUUUGACUUUGUAGAGCUGCUGGAUGGAAGGAGGCUCCUGACCCAGGAGGCACGGAGCCUGGAGGGACCCCAGCGCCAAUCUCGGGGAGUCGUCCCCCCAUCUAGUCACGAGACUGGCUUCAUCCAGUAUUUGGAUUCAGGAAUCUGGCACCUGGCUUUUUACAACGACGGGAAGGAGUCUGAAGUGGUUUCUUUUCUCACCACUGCCAUUGAGUCGGUGGAUAACUGCCCCAGCAACUGCUAUGGCAACGGCGACUGCAUCUCUGGGACCUGCCACUGCUUCUUGGGCUUCCUGGGCCCCGACUGUGGCAGAGCCUCCUGCCCCGUGCUGUGCAGUGGGAACGGCCAGUACAUGAAGGGCAGGUGCCUGUGCCACAGCGGCUGGAAGGGCGCCGAGUGCGACGUGCCCACCAACCAGUGUAUCGACGUGGCCUGCAGCAACCACGGCACCUGCAUCAUGGGCACCUGCAUCUGCAACCCUGGCUACAAGGGCGAGAGCUGCGAGGAAGUGGACUGCAUGGACCCCACGUGUUCAGGCCGGGGUGUCUGCGUGAGAGGCGAGUGCCACUGUUCCGUGGGAUGGGGAGGCACCAACUGUGAGACGCCCAGAGCCACGUGCUUGGACCAGUGUUCAGGCCACGGAACCUUCUUCCCAGACACCGGCCUUUGCAGCUGUGACCCAAGCUGGACUGGACAUGACUGUUCCAUUGAGAUCUGUGCUGCCGACUGUGGCGGCCACGGAGUCUGCGUGGGGGGCACCUGCCGCUGCGAGGAAGGCUGGAUGGGGGCGGCCUGCGACCAGCGGGCCUGCCACCCGCGCUGUGCGGAGCACGGGACGUGCCGCGACGGCAAGUGCGAGUGCAGCCCCGGCUGGAACGGCGAACACUGCACCAUCGAGGGUUGCCCUGGGUUGUGCAAUGGCAACGGCAGAUGUACCUUGGACCUCAACGGGUGGCACUGUGUCUGCCAGCUGGGCUGGAGAGGAGCGGGCUGUGACACAUCCAUGGAAACCGCCUGUGGUGACAGCAAAGACAACGAUGGAGAUGGCUUGACGGACUGCAUGGACCCCGACUGCUGCCUCCAGCCCCUCUGUCACGUCAACCCGCUGUGCCUGGGCUCCCCCGACCCUCUGGACAUCAUCCAGGAGACACAGGCCCCCGUGUCCCAGCAGAACCUGCACUCCUUCUACGACCGCAUCAGGUUCCUCGUGGGCAGGGACAGCACACACAUCAUUCCGGGAGAGAACCCCUUUGACGGAGGGCAUGCGUGUGUCAUUCGUGGUCAAGUGAUGACAUCAGAUGGGACCCCACUGGUUGGUGUGAAUAUCAGCUUCGUCAAUAAUCCUCUCUUUGGAUACACAGUCAGCAGGCAAGAUGGCAGCUUUGACUUGGUCACAAAUGGCGGCAUCUCUAUCAUCCUCCGGUUUGAGCGGGCACCUUUCAUCACACAGGAGCACACCCUCUGGCUGCCUUGGGAUCGCUUCUUUGUCAUGGAAACCAUCAUCAUGCGACAUGAGGAGAAUGAGAUUCCCAGCUGUGACCUGAGCAACUUCGCCCGCCCCAACCCUGUCGUGUCUCCAUCCCCGCUGACGUCCUUUGCCAGCUCCUGUGCAGAGAAAGGCCCCAUCGUUCCAGAAAUUCAGGCUUUGCAGGAGGAAAUCGCUAUCUCUGGCUGCAAGAUGAGGUUGAGCUACCUUAGCAGCCGUACCCCUGGCUACAAAUCUGUCCUGAGGAUCAGCCUCACCCACCCUACCAUCCCCUUCAACCUCAUGAAGGUGCACCUCAUGGUGGCAGUGGAGGGCCGCCUCUUCAGGAAGUGGUUUGCUGCGGCCCCGGACUUGUCCUAUUACUUCAUCUGGGACAAGACAGAUGUCUACAACCAGAAGGUGUUCGGGCUCUCGGAAGCCUUCGUUUCCGUGGGUUAUGAGUAUGAAUCCUGCCCAGAUCUGAUCCUCUGGGAAAAAAGAACGGCAGUGCUGCAGGGAUAUGAAAUCGAUGCUUCUAAGCUGGGAGGAUGGAGCCUAGACAAACAUCAUGCCCUCAACAUCCAAAGUGGCAUCUUACACAAAGGGAAUGGGGAGAACCAGUUUGUGUCUCAGCAGCCACCCGUCAUCGGGAGCAUCAUGGGCAAUGGGCGCCGGAGAAGCAUCUCCUGCCCCAGCUGCAAUGGCCUUGCCGACGGCAAUAAACUCCUGGCCCCCGUGGCCCUCACGUGCGGCUCUGACGGAAGCCUCUACGUGGGAGAUUUCAACUACAUCCGGAGGAUCUUCCCCUCUGGGAAUGUCACCAACAUCCUGGAGUUGAGAAAUAAAGAUUUCAGACAUAGUCACAGCCCAGCGCACAAAUACUACCUGACCACAGACCCCAUGAGCGGGGCUGUUUUCCUCUCAGACACCAACAGCCGGAGGGUCUUUAAGAUCAAGUCCACCGUGGUGGUGAAGGACCUUGUCAAGAACUCCGAGGUGGUCGCAGGAACAGGUGACCAGUGCCUCCCUUUUGAUGACACUCGCUGUGGGGAUGGUGGCAAGGCCACCGAAGCCACACUGACCAACCCCAGGGGCAUCACGGUGGACAAGUCUGGGCUGAUUUACUUCGUGGAUGGCACCAUGAUCAGACGCAUUGAUCAGAAUGGGGUCAUCUCCACCCUGCUGGGCUCCAAUGAUCUUACCUCAGCCCGGCCCCUCAGCUGUGACUCCGUCAUGGACAUUUCUCAGGUUCGCCUGGAGUGGCCCACAGACUUAGCUAUCAACCCGAUGGACAACUCUCUCUACGUCCUUGACAACAACGUGGUCCUGCAAAUCUCUGAAAACCACCAGGUGCGCAUUGUCGCUGGGAGACCCAUGCACUGCCAGGUCCCCGGCAUCGACCACUUCCUGCUGAGCAAGGUGGCCAUCCACGCAACCCUGGAGUCUGCCACGGCCUUGGCCGUCUCACACAAUGGGGUCCUGUACAUUGCUGAGACCGAUGAGAAGAAGACCAACCGCAUCAGGCAGGUCACCACUAGCGGAGAGAUCUCGCUGGUUGCUGGAGCCCCCAGUGGCUGUGAUUGUAAAAAUGAUGCCAACUGUGACUGUUUCUCUGGAGAUGAUGGCUACGCCAAGGAUGCAAAGCUGAAUACCCCAUCUUCCUUGGCUGUGUGUGCCGACGGGGAACUUUAUGUGGCUGACCUGGGGAAUAUCCGAAUUCGGUUUAUCAGGAAGAACAAGCCUUUUCUCAACACCCAGAACAUGUAUGAGCUGUCCUCACCAAUUGACCAGGAGCUCUACCUGUUUGAUACCAGUGGAAAGCAUCUGUACACGCAGAGUCUACCCACAGGAGAUUACCUGUACAACUUCACCUACACUGGGGAUGGCGAUGUCACACUCAUCACAGACAACAACGGCAACAUGGUGAACGUCCGCCGGGACUCCACCGGGAUGCCCCUCUGGCUGGUGGUCCCAGAUGGCCAGGUGUACUGGGUGACCAUGGGCACCAACAGUGCACUCAAGAGUGUGACCACGCAAGGACAUGAGUUGGCCAUGAUGACCUACCAUGGCAACUCUGGCCUUCUGGCAACCAAAAGCAAUGAAAAUGGAUGGACAACAUUUUACGAGUAUGACAGCUUUGGCCGCCUGACAAAUGUGACCUUCCCCACUGGCCAGGUGAGCAGUUUCCGAAGCGAUACAGACAGCUCAGUGCAUGUCCAGGUAGAGACCUCCAGCAAGGAUGAUGUCACCAUAACCACCAACCUGUCUGCUUCCGGUGCCUUCUAUACACUGCUGCAAGACCAGGUCCGCAACAGCUACUACAUCGGGGCAGACGGCUCCCUGCGGCUGCUGCUGGCCAACGGCAUGGAGGUGGCACUGCAGACAGAGCCCCAUCUGCUGGCCGGCACGGUCAACCCCACUGUGGGCAAGCGGAACGUCACGCUGCCCAUCGACAACGGCCUCAACCUGGUGGAGUGGCGGCAGCGCAAGGAGCAGGCGCGGGGCCAGGUCACCGUGUUCGGGCGCCGGCUGCGGGUUCACAACCGGAACCUCCUGUCCCUGGACUUUGACCGCGUGACCCGCACAGAGAAGAUCUAUGAUGACCACCGCAAGUUCACCCUCCGGAUCCUGUACGACCAGGCAGGGCGGCCUAGCCUCUGGUCACCCAGCAGCAGGCUGAAUGGUGUCAAUGUGACAUACUCCCCAGGGGGCCAUAUCGCUGGCGUCCAGAGAGGCAUCAUGUCUGAGAGGAUGGAAUACGACCAGGCGGGUCGCAUCACAUCCAGGAUCUUUGCUGAUGGGAAGACGUGGACCUACACAUACUUAGAGAAGUCCAUGGUACUGCUCCUCCACAGCCAGCGGCAAUACAUCUUUGAGUUCGACAAGAAUGACCGCCUCUCUUCUGUGACCAUGCCCAAUGUGGCCCGGCAGACGCUAGAGACCAUUCGCUCAGUGGGCUACUACAGGAACAUCUACCAGCCCCCUGAAGGCAAUGCCUCGGUCAUCCAGGACUUCACUGAGGACGGGCACCUCCUCCACACCUUCUACCUGGGCACCGGCCGCAGGGUCAUAUACAAGUAUGGCAAACUGUCAAAGCUAGCCGAGAUGCUGUAUGACACCACCAAGGUGAGCUUCACCUAUGACGAGACAGCAGGCAUGCUGAAGACCAUCAACCUACAGAAUGAGGGCUUCACCUGCACCAUCCGCUACCGUCAAAUUGGGCCUCUGAUCGACCGCCAGAUCUUCCGCUUCACCGAGGAAGGCAUGGUCAAUGCUCGUUUUGACUAUAACUAUGACAACAGUUUCCGGGUGACCAGCAUGCAGGCUGUGAUCAAUGAGACCCCGCUGCCCAUCGAUCUCUAUCGCUAUGAUGAUGUGUCAGGGAAGACAGAGCAGUUUGGGAAGUUUGGUGUCAUCUACUAUGACAUUAACCAGAUCAUCACUACAGCGGUCAUGACCCACACCAAACACUUUGACGCAUACGGCCGGAUGAAGGAAGUGCAAUACGAGAUUUUCCGCUCACUCAUGUACUGGAUGACCGUCCAGUAUGAUAACAUGGGGCGAGUAGUGAAGAAGGAGCUGAAGGUGGGACCCUAUGCCAAUACCACCCGCUACUCCUAUGAGUACGACGCUGAUGGCCAGCUACAGACGGUCUCCAUCAAUGACAAGCCGCUCUGGCGCUACAGCUAUGACCUCAAUGGGAACCUGCACUUACUGAGCCCUGGGAACAGUGCACGGCUCACCCCGCUAAGGUAUGACCUCCGUGACCGCAUCACUAGGCUGGGUGAUGUGCAGUACAAGAUGGACGAGGAUGGCUUCCUGAGGCAGCGGGGCGGGGAUGUCUUUGAGUACAACUCAGCUGGCCUGCUCAUCAAGGCCUACAACCGGGCCGGUGGCUGGAGCGUCAGGUACCGUUACGAUGGCCUGGGGCGGCGGGUGUCCAGCAAGAGUAGCCACAGCCACCACCUGCAGUUCUUCUAUGCAGACCUGACCAACCCCACCAAGGUCACCCACCUUUACAACCACUCCAGCUCCGAGAUCACCUCCCUGUACUAUGAUCUGCAAGGGCACCUCUUUGCCAUGGAGCUGAGCAGCGGUGAUGAGUUUUACAUAGCUUGUGACAACAUCGGGACCCCUCUUGCUGUCUUCAGUGGAACAGGUUUGAUGAUCAAGCAGAUUCUAUACACUGCCUAUGGAGAGAUCUACAUGGACACCAACCCCAACUUUCAGAUCAUCAUCGGCUACCAUGGUGGCCUCUACGAUCCACUCACCAAGCUCAUCCACAUGGGCCGGCGGGAUUACGAUGUGCUGGCUGGUCGUUGGACUAGCCCAGACCACGAGUUGUGGAAACACCUUACUAGCAGCAACAUCAUGCCUUUCAAUCUCUACAUGUUUAAAAACAACAACCCCAUCAGCAACUCUCAGGACAUCAAGUGCUUCAUGACAGAUGUCAACAGCUGGCUCCUCACCUUUGGGUUCCAGCUGCACAAUGUGAUUCCUGGCUACCCCAAGCCAGACAUGGACGCCAUGGAACCAUCCUACGAGCUCGUCCACACACAGAUGAAAACUCAGGAGUGGGACAACAGCAAGUCUAUCCUCGGGGUACAGUGUGAGGUGCAGAAGCAGCUCAAGGCCUUUGUCACCCUAGAACGUUUUGACCAGCUCUACGGCUCCACAAUCACCAGCUGCCAACAGGCCCCAGAGACAAAGAAGUUUGCAUCCAGUGGCUCGGUCUUUGGCAAGGGGGUCAAGUUUGCCUUGAAGGAUGGCCGAGUGACCACAGACAUCAUCAGUGUGGCCAACGAAGACGGGCGGAGGGUUGCUGCCAUCUUGAACAAUGCCCACUACCUGGAGAACCUGCACUUCACCAUUGACGGGAUGGACACCCACUACUUUGUGAAACCAGGGCCCUCGGAGGGCGACCUGGCCAUCCUGGGCCUCAGUGGGGGGCGGCGAACCCUGGAGAACGGGGUCAACGUCACGGUGUCCCAGAUCAACACGAUGCUCAAUGGCAGGACUAGACGCUACACAGACAUCCAGCUCCAGUAUGGGGCACUGUGCUUGAGCACUCGCUACGGGACCACAUUGGAUGAGGAGAAGGCGCGGGUGCUGGAGCUGGCCCGGCAGAGAGCCGUGCGCCAGGCGUGGGCCCGCGAGCAGCAGCGACUCCGGGAAGGGGAGGAAGGCCUGCGGGCCUGGACAGAGGGGGAGAAGCAGCAGGCGCUGAACACGGGGCGGGUUCAAGGCUACGACGGCUUCUUCGUGAUCUCCGUGGAGCAGUACCCGGAACUGUCAGACAGCGCCAACAACAUCCACUUCAUGAGACAGAGCGAGAUGGGCCGGAGGUGACAGAGAGGUCCGCGGCCUGCACUUCUUGCCAAAGACAGCUACUCUUUCGUGGCCACACACCUGACUGUGU